UCUUACAAGUCAAAAGCUGCUUCUCACUUCGCCAUUUCGUCGAACACGUAGCGAUCGAUCGCUCUCUUUCCCCUCUCAGUCCAGAAGCUCCGAUCAUGGCGUCGCUCGGGGCUCGUCGCCUCCUCCCUAGUCUCGUUUCCCGGCGCCUCUCGCCGUUCCCCCGAGCGUUUCCCCGCCUCCCCACCGGCGCCGCCCCGCUCUCCUCCGACGAGCCCCCUCCGCCGCCGCGAUCGGGGCCGUCGGAUCCGUCGGGGACGGCGGCUGGGGAGGGUCCGCACGGGGCACACCGGAAUAGGAGGAGCGGCGGCGCCGGGGACUACGAGGAGGAGCAGGGCCGCGUCCUCCGCGCCGCGCUCUCCCACGUCUUGAAGUUGGGAUGGAGCGAAUCGGCGAUGAUCGCAGGUGCGAAAGACGCGGGAGUGUCGCCUUCGAUCGUCGGCGCGUUUCCCCGCAAAGAAGCGGCGCUCGUGGAGUUCUUCAUGGACGACUGCCUCCAAAGACUUAUUGAUCGAAUUGAUUCGGGAGAGGAAUUGAAGGAUUUGAUACUUAGUGAGAGGCUCUCUAAGCUUAUUCGGAGAAGAUUGGAGAUGCAAGCGCCUUACAUAUCCAGGUGGCCUCAAGCACUGAGCAUUCAGGCACAACCAGCUAAUCUCCCUACCAGCUUUAAACAACGCGCAAUGCUGGUAGAUGAAUUUUGGCAUGCUGCAGGAGAUACAGGCUUGGAUAUUGACUGGUAUGUCAAACGUACGGUACUUGGCGGUAUAUACUCAACGUCUGAGGUGUACAUGAUUACCGACCACUCUCCAGAAUUCCGCGAUACAUGGAUGUUUGUGGAUAAUCGCAUCAAAGAUGCUUUCGAUCUACAGAAAACCGUUCUAGAGGCCGCAUACUUAGCAGAGGCUGUUGGCGCAGGAGUCGGUAAUUCCAUGCAGGGCUUCAUGAGAAAGAUCUUUCACCAGUGAAAGUUUCAGCGUUGCAGCCGCAACACGAUUCCAGCUUCUUCUUCUUCUUCUUCUUCUUCUUCUUCUUCUCUUUCUAUUUUUAUCUUGGGUGCUUUUGAUUUCUAUCUUGGAGUAGUUCUCUCUUGUCAAUAAAGAUUUCAGAUGCUCAGAAAUGCUGUUAUAUUUCAAUCUGAUGUAAAUUUUCAUUUAGCCGAGGAAUGAAGUAGUGUCAUAAAGUUGGUAGCC